AUGGGAGGGCCGUUGGUCACCUCAAUGUGGCGGGAUCCUGCCCGCGAGCGUUCCCGCCACGCCCACUGCCGUUCCGCCGGCCCCGCCGGCCUCCAGAUCCAGCCGAAUGCGGACGCGGAGGGGAUUGCUCGCAACGACCCGUGUCCCACCGACGCCCAGGCGACCCCCUCCCCCGCGUCGCCGGUGAUCGCCGCGGAGAGCGUUGCGCGGGGGAUCGCGCUCGGGGUGAGCGCUGGCCUGCCCGACCACGAGGAGAUGGACGGCGUGGAGAACGAGGACGCGCAGGGGACCGCUGACCGCCCUCCCUGUGCUGAUGAGGUUCGCGUUGCUCAGGAGAAGGCCGGCGAGGAGAGGGCUGCCGAGGAGCCUGACGCGGAGGCGAGCGCCCGCGCUCCUGCCGCGGCUGUCCGUCUGGGCGGUUCGACGCAACACGUGCAGGGGCCCACGAAUACUCCGGCGAGACGCGGACGAGGCCAGGCUGGUGCAGGCUCCGGCAGCGCGCUCUCCGCGGAACCCUCCAGCUCUGGAUCCCGUCGCGCGGAUGGGUCCAUCACCCCUGAUCGCACGGCCGCCGACGCCAGCGCGCCGAAGUAG